CUCAUCGGUGGAAGUGAACCAACCCGGGUUAUCUCUCCUACUUUUCGUUUCGCCGAGUCGCGGUUUGACUCCGAAUGUUUGUUUCUGUUUUAAGACGAUAAUACCACCGCCCAUGGCCUUUUUCUUGUUAUAUCCAUUAAUAAGUAGAUAUCUCUUUUUUCUUUAUUAGGUAUAAGUAACGUUGUAAAGUUUUCUAUGUGUAUUAGUUCGAUUUCUAGUUGUUUUCCACUACCGUGCAAUCUCGAUUGUCUACGUCGCGCUUCGUGAAUCAAACUUGCAAUGAUUUUGCUGGAAAUUAAUAACAGGAUUGUAGAAGAAACUCUAACAACUAAGUUUAAAAAUGCGCUGGCAGGGCACAAACCAGACUUGAUAGAUAUCAUCAUAGCCGAUUUUGACGGUGUUUUAUUUCAUAUUUCCAAUGAAAAAGUUUCUAAAGCAAGCAUUAAGAUAAGCAUAGCUUUAAAAUUUUACAAACAGCUUCAAGAGCAUGGUGCCGAUGAGCUAUUGAAGAAGGAAUAUGGACCUCUUCUAGUUGAACCUGAAACUGGUUACAAUAUUUCAUUAUUAAUCAAUUUGGAUGAUAUACCCGAUAAUUGGGAGGAAAUAGUGAAAAAAAUAGGAUUACUGAAACGAAAUUGCUUUGCGUCUGUAUUUGAGAAAUAUUUCGACAUUCAAGAAGGUGCUCAAGAAGGCCAUAAAAGAGCUGUCAUCAACUACAGACAGGAUGAAACAAUGUAUGUGGAAGCAAAAGCUGACAGAGUCACUGUCGUUUUUAGCACUGUCUUCAAAGAUGAAGAUGAUGUUGUGAUCGGAAAAGUUUUUAUGCAAGAAUUCAAAGAAGGGAGAAAAGCAAGUCAAACUGCUCCACAAGUAUUAUUUAGUUACGGUGAACCACCUUUAGAGCUUGCUAACACUGAUGCGAAAGUCGGAAAAAAUAUAGGUUAUAUCACUUUUGUUCUGUUUCCUAGGCAUACCAACAAAGCAGCCCGUGAUAAUACAAUUAAUUUAAUCCAUAUAUUUCGGGAUUAUCUUCACUACCACAUUAAGUGUUCGAAAGCAUACAUCCAUUCACGCAUGCGAGCCAAAACAUCAGACUUUCUGAAAGUACUAAACCGUGCCAGGCCUGAAGUCAAAAAUGUAGAAAAGAAAACCAUUACAGGAAGAAAAUUUACCAGAAAAGAAUGAGCAGUUCUACCUCCAGGUUUAAAAUCAGUAUUCGUCAAUUUUAAGUGCGCGGAUCUAAAAUAUCAUCGUGAAAAUAAUUCAGCACUGCUAUUACCCAAAUUUGUUAUGAUCUAUGCCUCAGUUUAUUGUUUUUCAUAACUGCCUAACCAAAUUUUACUAACACUACUUACAUUUGUAUUUAUUGAAAAAUAUCAAAGAUCUCCGGGGUUAUUCCUUCGGAAUGAAAUGUUUUGUUGAUCAGCAAAAAAUCAUGGGCUGCGUGAUUUUCUCUUUUUAUAUUGACUAUAACUUGUAAUUAACAAAUUUUAAUGGAAUUUUCAUUUUAUUUUUAUUCGUUAGUUUAUCAUUUUUACCUAUUUCUUUUCAUAUUUUUCAUCAACCUGUUAAGUUAUAAUUUGCUCAUAUCUGAAAAUAAAAAGGAGGGGUCCUACAAAAGAAAAGACGUAAUUUCCAGGGUCCUUUGCAAGCAGUGGUGUGCAGUCCAGGCAAGCAAGUUAGACGCACUAUUUGCGUCACAAUUUUUGGGAGGAACAAGAAACCUAGGGUUCAGGAGCUGGUUGAAUCAUUGUAGAAAA